CUGUUAAGAAAUCAAGCUGUUAUUCUGUGGUUUAUCGUUCCUUUAAUACCAACUCUAGCUUUUUGUGACUAACUUCAUAUAUGUGAAAACCUUCCAUAAUCCAUGUAAAGUGUUUAUAUGGGCGGAGGCACAAUCGUCCUUCGAAAUACUGUUGCACCUGUAUCACAAAAAAUACAUCCUCGGUCAAGUGUAUCAAAUCAAAACUGACAUAAAACAGUAUCGCUCCAUUCAGACAAAGUGCAGUGCUACGCUAUGACCUUACACACCUUCAAAUACGACUUACAGCACUUGUAAACAAAACAUAAUGGCUAACUUUUAGUCCAUGCAGAAAAUGUCACAAGCCAGUGGGGAUCUCUUGCUUUCAUCUGAAGACAUGCCUGAAGCUGAAUCCUCUGGAACCUUGGAACAUGUCAGUAAGAAAAAGUUCUCUUCUGGGUCUCUUGCGGGGGACGUUACAAGACCAAAGGUGGUGACAGUCAAACAUCCAGAGUCCAAUAAACUCAAACCUACAGCCAAAAAGAACAAGCAGCCGAUUCAGGCAGAUUUAGAUGUAUCUAAGGAGUUUAUAAGAUGCAGGGAAGAAGGUUUGAAGCGGUUAGAUUUAAGUAAAUCCAACAUAACCUUGUUACCCCCUACUGUUCGAGAUCUACAUCAUUUGUCUGAGCUCUACUUGUAUGGUAAUAAGAUUGUGUGUUUGCCAAAUGAGAUAGGCUGCUUGACCAGCCUCCAGACGUUAGCUUUAAGUGAAAAUUCUUUGACUUCUUUACCCGACUCCCUUGAAAAUCUAAGAUCGUUGAAAGUUUUAGAUUUGAGACACAAUAAACUUAAUGAUAUACCAGAUGUCGUAUAUAAGCUGACCUCCCUAACAACCUUGUUCUUACGGUUUAAUAGAAUUAGAUAUGUAGGAGAUGAAAUUAGAAAUUUAACUUCGUUGACGAUGUUAAGUCUGCGGGAAAACAAGAUCAGAGAAUUGCCGCCAGGUAUUGGGUGCUUGAUUCAUUUGCUGACAUUUGAUGUUUCCCACAAUCAUUUGGAGCAUUUGCCAGUGGAGAUUGGACAAUGUGUGGAUUUAUCUACUUUAGAUUUGCAACAUAACGAACUUUUAGAUAUACCUGAUACUAUUGGGCAACUCCAGCAACUGACAAGACUAGGUUUAAGAUACAACAGGUUAACCCAAAUCCCUCCAUCGUUGAGCAAUUGUAAACAUAUGGAUGAAUUUAAUGUUGAAGGAAAUGCAAUUUCUCAAUUACCAGAAGGACUGUUAUCGAGCUUAAGUGAACUUACUAAUAUCACUCUUUCCAGAAAUAAUUUUUCUGCUUAUCCAUCAGGAGGACCCUCGCAGUUCGUCAACGUGGAUUCUGUCAAUUUGGAACACAACCAAAUUGACAAAAUUCCUUAUGGAAUCUUUUCGAGAGCCAAACAUUUGACAAAAUUGAAUAUGAAAGAAAAUCAACUCACUUCCUUGCCACUUGACGUUGGAACAUGGACAAAUAUGGUGGAAUUGAAUCUAGGAACAAAUCAGUUAACCAAAUUGCCAGAUGAUAUACAGUGUCUGCAGAGUUUAGAGGUGUUAGUCCUUUCCAACAACCUCCUACGUAGAAUCCCUCCCAGCAUCGGCAACUUGCGCAAACUCCGUGUCCUAGACUUAGAAGAAAACCGCCUGGAGCAGCUACCCCAGGAAGUAGGCUACUUAAAGGAGCUCCAAAGGCUCAUCAUCCAGUCCAACCAACUGACUUCUCUACCCAGAGCAAUCGGUCAUCUCACCAACCUUGUCUUUCUCAGUGCAGGCGAGAACAAUCUGGCGUAUCUUCCAGAAGAAAUCGGAACCCUCGAAAAUCUAGAAUCGCUAUAUAUCAACGACAACCCGACUCUACAUAAUCUUCCAUUCGAGCUGGCUCUUUGCUCUAAUUUAGGAAUUAUGAGUAUAGAGAAUUGUCCUUUGUCACAGAUACCGGCGGAGAUAGUAGGUGGAGGGCCUUCUUUGGUGAUACAGUAUUUGAAAAUGCAAGGACCUUACAGAGCUAUGUGAUGAUGCAAUUAGUGUUGCUUUAAUUUUCUUCUUUGUCGAGAAGACUCUUUGUGAUUUUAAGACGACUGUUAACGAAAAAGGACUAGGCGAGACUGUUUAGUUAUUGAAUUUUGCAGCUAAUUUAGCGAAAACCAGGUUUGAUUUCAAUUACGAAUUUUUUCAGGGCCAUCAGAUGUCACCAACCAUUCUUGUUUCAUCCAACCAUCUAUAUUCCGUUUUUGACCUGCUAUUCUUAAGUCCUCCUUUAGCUUCACACAUUCAAUAGCCCUUCUCCAAUCCUCCAAUUUCUCCAUUUCAUUGUUCUUAUCUUCUAACACGAUACUAGACGGAGAGACAGCGCUGAAAAAUCUCUUUGAAUUUACUAAAGCUAGAUUUUUCACAGUUGAUUACUGUGAUUGUGUAGAGAAACAUACUGCGGUCGGUCAAGCGAAACGUAGAACAGGGGUAACUGAGAGGGUAUCAAAGUUGCUUUCCUACGAAGGUAAUUAAAUCCAUUUACUUAGGCUCAAAAUCAGUACACACAUUCUAAAUUGAAUAUAAAUAAAAGUUAUUAUAGUCGGUCAGCUGUAUGAUGGGACAGAGCCGGUCGGUCGACCCCAGUCAAUGUAACAGGGUUAUUCACUAUAUUUUGACCCCCUUGUAAACUACUUUAUUUACAGAAUUAGAAAAAAAUGUAAAAUACAAAAGUUAUUCAAUUUUUUAAUUAUGAUUUUUUGACAUAUAUAUCGUACUAGUGACGUCAUCGAUCUGGGUGUGAUGACGUAAUCGACUAUUUUUUUAAAUGAGAAUAGGGGUCGUGUGCUAGCUCAUUUGAAAGGUUAUUCAAUUCUCUAUACAGUACUGUAAUCCUUAAGAUCAUUAUUUAUACAGGGUGUCCAAAGAAAUUUUUUUAAUUAACAAUUAAUUUAAUUCAAAAAAUUUUUUUUGACACCCUGUAUAGUUAAUCAUGUUAAUGUUUAUAUUACUGUUUUAAAUUAAAAUCCUGAUUACAUAAAUCAUGUAAUCAGGAAUAUUUUAACUGUUUCUAAAUUAGUUGCUUUAAUUCUCUUAGAUAUUUUUAGACAUUUAUCUAAUAGAAAUAUUUCUGAUUUUCUCGCCUAGUCCUGUAAGUCUAUUCGAUUUUUUUAUCUUUGUAUUUGCAAUGAGUUUUAUAUUUAGUAGUUUUUUGAAGAAAGAAGAUUACUGGUGCUGUAAAAAUACUCAUUUGAAAAGUGAAGUUAUUGUUUCCAAAAAUGAACGUUCGAUGCCAAAUCUGUUUUUAGAUUUUAUGUUGUUUUUAUGUAUGUAGAUAAUUUUUAAAUAUACGUAUUCUAUAUAUCUUAUAUGUGCAAAAUAUGUUUUUAUUUUUUAAUUUAAGGCUGGAUUACCAGUAGUCUUCUUUGAAUAAACAGUAUUGUUGUUAAAAGAAUAGACCAGUCUUGCCAAGAAUCUACAAAUUUUUAUGUUUUUAACAUGUCUACCCUUUGAAACCGAGCGCUUUCACACUAACUACACUUCUCCAAGAAAUUAACACACUACCUUAAAAGUUGGUCAAUUUUAAUAUCUCGAAUUUCCGUUCGGAGUUGUCAAAACACCUGUUGUCCGAUUUAAGUGAUUUUUUUAAUAUAUUAUAGCCUUAUUCUUUAACAAUAUCGCUGUAAUAUUAUUGUUGAUAGACAGGUAAAUUGUCAUUGUAUACCGGGUGUACCAAUCAAACUGUGAUUUUUUCUCAAAGUUUGCGUGACCCUGUGGAAUAUUCUAGCAUUUAUAAAAUACAGUCGAACCCGCUUAUUGGAAUAGCCUUCGUGCCAAGCGAAAAUAUUCCUCUAACCGGGAUAUUCUAAUACCCGAUCAUUGAUGGCUGGUAGAAAUAAGUGUACCUACUGAAUAGAGCUACAUAAUAAUAGUAUAUACUAUGUAUGUACCUACAUUUACAUUAUAUUUAUAUGGUUUUAGGUCCUUUUAUGACAAUGAUACAGCAGUGUAACUUAUUUUAUUAAAAAACCAAAUUACAUUUUCUGUGCAUAAAUCCAUUAAUAAGCAUGAAAUGUGUGCAAUAUGGACACAUGUAUAUAUUAUCUUAUUUAAAAUGUAUACGCCAAAAUUACUUCUCAUUUUUUUUAAAUCUUUAAGUUAUACAAAUUAGAAAAAAUUACAUUGAAUUGGCCCUCCAGAAACCUUCUUAUAAUAUUACAAACGGUUAGGACUUGCCAAAUUGGAUGAAAUAUCCACAAAAUCGAAAAAAUCUUCAUCUUUUGCCUCAUCUUUCGCUUUAAUAUUGAGUUGGGUGGUUUCAUUGUUUUGUUCUAAAUCUUCAGUAUCUUCGAAAACCGAUAAAUUAUCGUCAAAAGAAACAACUCUUAAAUAUAUUCGUCCUUUAUUUUGUCGAAUUCUGUGUUUUGAUGAAUUGGCCGGCAAAAAACGGAUUGUUAAAAUAUUCAAACUCCUGUCGGGUUUAUGGACAGGGCGGUUAUCAAUAAAAGAGAACAUUUCUAUUCUUGUCUGCCAUUGUAUUGUCGAAGUCAAUAAACCAUUAACCAAUAAAAGUUAAAUUGCAACGAGGUGGGUCGCAAUAGAAAUUUUUACAAGUUUUGUGAGACAAGUAAAAGUAGGUAUUUUAUGGCCUGUUGUAUUUCGUAAAAGGGUCCAACUGGUGCGUAAUAAAGUAUUUAUUAUCUGAAAAAUAUAAUAAACCAGACAUAAUUUUAAUUUUUUUGGAAAAUAUGAAUAAAAAGUUGUUCGUCCACUUGAAUAAUAUUCGAUUAAGCGAUAUUAAUUCAUUAAAACGUAUUCCUAUAAGCGGAUAAAUUUAUUAAGGAGUAAAUAGAAACGUUUCGGGACCUCAAAUUUCUAUUCCUUAAACCGGGAUAUUCCUAUAACCGGUACUCUAAUAAGCGGGUUCGACUGUACUGAAAUUAAAACCCAACUAUAGCCUCAUGUUUUCUUAACAUUCUGUUUUUGAUUCAUUCGCUUAUGUUGGAUAAUAAAAAAGUUAGGUACUUUAACAACUAGCCUUGUUUUUCAUCAAUACAGGGUGUUUUUAAAUACGUAUAGCAAACUUUAAGGGGUAAUUCUGCAUGAAAAAAUAAUGACAGUUUGCUUUAUAAACGUAUGUCCGCAUAUGCUUCGUUUCCGAGAUAGAGGGUGUUAAAUUUUUUUUACAAACUCGCGAUUUAUUUAUUGCUCUAAAACCUGUUGAGAUAUGCAAAGGAAAUUUGGUGGUUUUUAAGAGGUAGUUAUUUUGCAUUUUUUGACAUACAAUUAAUGGACCAAGAGCUCAACGUCGGAAAAAAAUUAUUUUAAAACAACUGGUUCUUUAAUAUAUUAUUCCCUAUGCUUCCUCGAACACCGUACCGGUCAUCUGGCUGCUGAUACAGGUUGCGUUCAUUACUGCGCAGCACAUUUGUACAGGUAAACAUAUCGAAUUUAAAAUUAUUGUAAGACGAAAACUUAUUUUGUCAUUACUUUUUAAACAUUAUUAGAAAUAUGAACUAUAAUUGCCAGACAUUUUUGUGGUUUAAAAAGUAUGUAAUGACAAAAAAAUGUUUCGUCCUAAAAUAAUUUAAAUUUAAUGUACAUGGUGAUUGAUGAGUGUGAUAAAGCUCAGUAGAUCCGCUAUAGUAAUAGAUAGCAAUAAAAGUUGAUAACAAAAAUUGUAGCCAACUUUCAGCUUUACAUUACGAAAAUUAGUUAGAAUGUUACAGGGUGUUCGAUAAUAUAGUGGCAAACCAAACUUGUGUUUUUUUUUUAAUGGAACACCCUAUAUUUUAUAUUAUAUUCAAAAUUCUCUUAACUUUACCAUCACAAAAAUAUAAAGGUUUGUUAUGUUAUAUAGGGUUUUUACAAAGUUAUUACCAAUUUUGUAUGAAAAACGUAACAAGUUCAGCUCCCUGUAUAAAUAAAAAUAAGCACAACAGUAAUGGUUUACUGGUGCUAUUUGUUGAUUGUCAAAAUUUAUAAAAAUGGUUGAUAUUGCUAAUUUUCCUUAUAUCGAAUACAGGGUGAGUAUUUACUUUUCUCAAAAAUUUUAAAUCGAACAUUUAUAUAUAUAUAUUUUAUAUCACCAUCGAAAAGUAUCAUUACCGUACUUUAAUUUUUGUAUAAUAUUCCCUAUGCCUAAAUUUGUUAGUUUUCGAGAUAUUUUCAUUUUUCAGAGCAAAUUAUUAAUUAAGGUGUUCUAUUUAAAAUUACUGAGAAAAUAAUGUACUUGCGUUUUGACUCAUCCUGUGUUCGAUAUAAAGAAAAUUAGCAAUAUCAACCAUUUUUAUAAAUAUUGACAAUCUACAAAAAAUAUGGCACCAAUAAACCAUUGCUGUUGUGCUUAUUUUUAUUUAUACAGGGAGCUGAACUUAUUACGAUUUUUGUAGAACAUUGGUUAUAACUUUGUAAAUACCCUGUAUAACAUAACGAACCUUUAUAUUUUUGUGGUGAAGUUAACAGGAUUUCGAAUAUAAAAUAAAAUAUAGGGCGUUCCAUUUAAAAAAAAACAUAAGUUUGGUCUGCCACUAUGAUAUCGAACACCCUGUGACAUUUUAACUAAUUUUGUAAUGUGAAGCUCAAAGUUGGCUACAAGUUUUGUUAUUAACUUUUAUUGCUAUCUAUUACUAUAGCGGAUCUACUAAGCUUCUAUCACACUAAUCAAUCACCCUGAUUUUGUAUUUACCUGUACAGGUGUGCUGCGCAGUAAUGAACGCAACCUGUAUCAGCAGCCAGAUGGCCGGUAUGGUGUUCGAGGAAGCAUAGGGAACAAUAUAUGAAAGAAUCAGCUGUCUUAAAAUAGUUUCUCGAAAACGUUGCUAGCUCUUAGACCAUAAGAAUUUUAUGUUCACCACUGGCGCACAUAUUACCGACCAGGUGGAAGAUGACUUAAGUGUACGAAAUUGGAAAACUAAGGCGAAGGUUAGGAAGGAAUGGAAGCUAUUUCUAGAAUAGGUCAAGACGCACCAGGGACUGUAGAGCCAAUGCUGAUGAUGAUGACUAUUUGUUUGACUUUAGUUUUUGCAAUAUCCAGUUAUUUUUGAACAAGAGUUUUAUAAUAAGCAAAGAAGAUUAAGUUAUUAUGUCGUAUUCUCCUCAGUUUUUGAUAAAAUAUUUCCUCUUUUCGUAUGGCUGUGCAAUAAAUCGAACAAACCUUGGCAAGACCGAUCUAUCUAAUAUUUUGUAAUUUCUCUCAAAAACUUCUAGAAUGUUUAUUAAUAUUGCUAUUCAACAGACAUAUAGCGAUCAAGACAGACAAAAAAAUUAGAUUUAGUAACGAACUGACAAAGUUUGGCAUGAAAAAAUUAAAGCUAUGUGUCUGCCCUAAUUUUUCAAGUUGAAGAUUCUCAUAUUCUUUUGUGAGGAACUAACGCGCACAAACAUUUUUCUUCCUCCAAAUAUUAUUUGAAAAAUGUCGUCGUUUCAGUAAACACGUUUUCUUUUCUUCUAAUGCAUUUUUUGAGGAAAAAUUUUAAGAAUAUUUAACAUUAAAUUAACAGUAGGUACUCGGAAUAAAUUGUUUCCUAAUAUACAUCGUCGCUGAUUUGCAAAAAGGUGCCAAGUGACAUUUUAUUCAAAAUAGGGCUUAUGUGCGAAAAUGAUAGGUACGAAGGUUCUACCUAUUCUGUAAAAAGGGGUCAAGUGUAUUACUUAUUGUUGUUGAGAUAGUCUCAUAAUUUUUUGGUGCCAAGUAACAUUUUUUUAAACUGGUUGUGUAAAAAGGAGCUAAGUUCCACUUAGUAAAAAUAUAAAAAUGUUACUUGGCCUCUUUUUGCAAAUCAGCGACGAUAUGGUGACCCUUGUGAACGGUGAAGUCAUCAAUAAUUUGCAAUAUGCGGACGACACAGUACUACUACCUUCUACUCAAGAAGAUCUGCUAACAUUACCUACUUGAUAGUGUCGUUGAGCGCUGUAAAGAAGCAGGUCUGGAUCUGAACAUACGGAAAACCAAAAUACUCUUAAUAAGUAAACAACAAUAUACAUAUAUUAUAACCGUCUAUAUAUGUAAAUAGUACCAAACUUGAGCAAGGUAAUCAAAUUUGUUAACUUGGAUAUCAUUUAAAUUGUAAUGCAGAGAGUCGCGGAGAAAUUAGAUCCAGAAUGGAGCAGACCAGAGGCGCUUUUAGAAGGAUGUCCUAGGUAUUAUAUAACAGAGACCUAAAAUUGGCAUUGCGGAUCCGCCUACUUCGCUGAUAGGUAUUCUCGGUCUUACUUUAUGGUGUCGAGUCCUGGACUGUGAAUAAAAUCGAUAUAAAUCGCCUUGAGGCUUUCGAAAUGUGCUAUAGAAGAAUUUUAAAAGUUUCUUGGGUGGAGAAGAUUCGAAACUCCUCGAUACUAGAGAUGUUGUAAAAGUAUCUAGGCGUUACAAAGUACUCGUUACUUACUUAUACUGAAAGUAACGGAUCCUAUACAGAGAAGCAAAUCGUUACUUUGAUUACUUCGUACCAAUCGUAUCAGAGCGAGUAACGACUAUUGUAUCUACUUCGAUUACUCUGAUUACUUCGUACCAAUCGUAUCCGAGCGAGUAACGGCUAUUGUAUCUAUUUUGAUUACUCUGAUUACUUCGUAUACGAGUAACGACUAUUGUAUCUACAACCAGUACACUUGAUUACUUUCUACCAAUCGUAUCCCAGCGAGUAACGGACGGGAUCGGUAUUUUACCGAGUGUUAUCGAAUACCGUUAUCGGUAUGAAGCGUUUAAGGCUGUGAGGGUGAGGAGAAGAUAGAAGAUGAAACAGAGGGAGGUAUAAUGGUAUACGUAAAAUAUGUAAUGUAAGUCAUUAACAAAGAUCGAAUGCAAGAACCCUAUAUUUUUAUCUAGAUCUACGCCAUUUGCCGAUGUAGAUUAGAUAGUAGAUCUUGAUAUAUCGGAAUACCUAUACAAAAUACCUACCUACCGAGAAAUACGAUUCUAGAUAUGAUUGCCGGUACUCAAACACAAAAGUAAUCAUAGUAAUCAAAGUAACGAAUACUGUAAAUGAUUACUUUAUUCAAAAGUAACGAUUUGUAACGAAUACUCGAAAGUAACUAUAAUCAACAUCACUACUCAAUACUAGAACGUCCCAGCAAGACUAAUGAUAUUAUAAAAAGCAUCAAGAAGAGAAAGCUGGAGUAUUUCGAACAUGCAAUGAGAGGUCCCAAAUAAAGGUUGCUACAAAAUAUUAUGCAAGGGAAAAUAUCAGGCAAACGCAGUCCAGAACGAAGGACUUCAUCGUUAAAGAACUUGCAAGAUUGGUAUGGUAUUGAUACAAGAUAACCAAGAUAGUAACCAACAUUUUAAAAGGACAUGGUAGAUGGACAAGAAGAAUCAACAAGGUGGUGGACAAGAAGAAUCAACUUUAGUGACAAGGAAGUUCGUUAUAUCUGUUAUAACAUAUGCGGUACCAAACAGAGAUUUAUAAAAAUAGAAGGUAAGCGUCACAUUUUAAAUUAGUUACAUAACACUUUACCGUUUUAAUAAAACACCCUCUAUUUGAUUUUAAAUGUAAAAUCCGCUUUAAUUUCUCUUUACAACAAUGGGUGCGUUCGGACGACCACAGCGGCUGGACAGCUGAGUAAGCGAUAGCUGUCAGACGACACCGCUGGAAGUCAGCUGCUGAGAGAUUUAUUAAGCUUUCCCUAUUAGCGCUGGAUACAACCACUAAGCUGCUUUGUGCUGACAGUCAGCCGGGGUUUGUCCUGGUUGGGUCAGAGAGAGCAGCAUAUGUGCCUCCUGAUGAGAGACUAAUAAGUUUCGAAAUCGGUAGAGGUGCUUGCUGAACUCUCUGAUUGAACUAGAAUACAAUGCAGCUGUAGUUUCGUGUUGCAACAAAAUUGAAAAUGGUUAUUCAUUUUUUCAAUCCAAAGUUGUUUUGUGUUUAUAGUAUUUAAAAAGUUAUAACCAAAUUUGAUAUGAGGCUAAAGAAAAUCAUAUUCUGGGUGGUUUUUUAUCAUCGAUCAACUUAUAAUAAACUUUGCAGUGACACUGCACGUUGACUCGUACAUAUACCUACCUUGGAAUAGUCGUCAACUCGAAAUGGGAUCAAACAACCGAAAUACGAUCUAGAAUUGAAUUGAAAAGGCCAGAGCAACAUUUAACAACAUGAGAAAUAUAUUCACCCAUUCCGACAUAUCUCUCCCACUAAAAAUACGGCUGCUAAAAUGCUAUGUAUUUCCAGUCUUGCUGUAUGGCGCAGAGGCAUGGACACUAACGGAAACAUUAAUGAGGAAGCUGGAGGCAUUCGAAAUGUGGGUGUAUCGACGUAUCCUCAAAAUAUCCUGGACGACUCGCACCACCAACGUAGAGGUAUUGCGCCGAAUGGGAAAACAAAAAGAAAUUUCUUUCACAAUUAAGAAACGGAAACUUGAAUACCUCAGUCAUAUUAUGAGACAUGAUAAAUAUCAUAUACUCCAACUGAUAAUACAGGGUAAAAUAGAAAGCAAGCGGGGACGCGGAAGAAGAAGACACUCAUUUCUUCAAAACUUACGCCAAUGGUUUGGACUAACGUCGAUCGAGUUAUUCAGAAACGCCGCAAACAAAAUUAAAAUUGCUAUGAUGAUAGCCAACGUCCGCAACGUACAAGACACAUGAAGAAGAAGAAGUGACACUGAAAGGACGUGACUUUUUAGUCUUCCAACGUGCCCUUCGUCAAAGUGUCAAAUUCUCUUAAAUUCAUCGUGUAACCUAUGGAAAAGUAGCCAACAUGCAAAAUCCGUUCUACAAACAUAUCUGAGUACAUGAACGGAGUCACCAUAAUAUGCUGUUUAUUUAUUUCAAACAACCAUACGAGUCCAUCUCACGAAACGGACUAAACGACGCAAUGAGAUCACUAGGAAUACCAGAAAAACUGAUACGAUUAGUUAAAAUGACGCUAAUAGAGUCAAUGAAGUCAUGAUAGAAGGAAGUAGUUCAGCUUAACGUCAAUAGAGGACUAAAACGGGGAUACAGGACCUGUCAACAGACUUAUUCAACCUAGUUGUGGAAAAGAUAAUUAGAGGAGCCAAGCUCCAGACAAGGGGCACGAUUUUGCAAAAAAGACAACAGUGCGUAGCUAUCGCAGAUGACUUGGUGUUUCUGACAGUUCAAGAAUGAAACUUCGAAUAAUGUUCACAAAAGAAAAAGAAGCCAGAAAAUAUGACCAGAAUAUAUCAAGAAAAUGCCAAGUGUAUGGAAAUGAGAGGGGAAAAGGACCAAUUAGAGAGAGGGAGUAGAAAUUUGAGUAGGUACCUUGGAGUAGCAAGUUGCCAAUAGAGGAGGCGAAGAGAGAGAGAUAGUUAAAUGAUUGUUGAAAGGUGUGAAAGCAGUAGGAUCAUUAAACACAUCAUUGAAGGCAAAACAAAACGUGUCCAGGGCAGCCAAGAUUCGAAUUUAUGAUAUAAUAGUAGGACCAACGGUGUGUUUGCAUGUGAAACUUGGAAUAUGAAUCAGGAAAAAAGUUGGAGACUUGGGAAAGAAAAAUCUCCAUUUCUGGAGAGAAGAAAUGAAGGACCUGAAUAAGUGGUAGAAUGUGGCCAUGACUUUCGAAACCAAGGGCCUCUAAUGCCUGUACUGCUAUUAUGGAUAUAAACAUGGUCACAUUGUUCAAUGUUGCCAAUCGCACUGCGAUUCGUUGGGAACUGAGUCCUCCGAUCAGUAACAAAGAAUUUUAAUAACGAAAAUAGAAUAUCUUCCAUACUAGACGAAAUACUGCGGAAAAACUUGUGUUGCGGAAAGUAGUAUGAAAGCAACAUAGUAUGAAAUACCAGAGUUGAAAUCUGUUAUAGAACUUUGACAAUUAAAUUACCAAGUCUAGCACCUACUGCGCAACUGUUUUAAAACUACAGUCCGAAACCGAUUGCACCCGCAAUUAUUUUGUUAUCUCGGUAGCGUAAAACGGGGAUUCGCCCACGAUGCGAUACGCCUGAAACUGGUUUCCAACUAGUGUUCAACCGUUAUUUUAAAACAGUUGCAUCGUCGGAGCUGGAUCUAACAGUUACAAAAUGACUAUCAAUUUUUAGUUUUAAUGUGCCAUAUUUUAUUAAUACGCACUGUGUUUACUGAAAUCGACCGAAAAGUUAAAAAAACAUUGUUUCUAGUCUAGAACUCCCAUAUCAUAUGAAUGAAUCUUAAAUUAUUUUUAGACGAAUAAAAAACAAAAUGACUUCCACGUUUGUGAAGAUGUAAAGGCAAAAAACACGACAAAAGAGAAUUAUUAGUCCAUACAAUGAGUGUCAUAACUAUACAGGAUGUUGAAAAUGAUAAAUCUAUUAUUAUCUUUCGGAUCUUUUUUCCUGACACUGCUAUUGAAUACAUUUUGUCAGGAUUUCUUCUGAACAUUUUUUCAUAUCAUUUGCGAAGCUAUUUUGUUGUCUAUUAUUUUUUUAAUAUACAGGCUUGGUAUAAUAAACCCCAAAGAAAAAAAUCUAACUGAUUAAGGUCCGGAGAGCGAGCAGGCCACUCUGUGAAUUCUCUAGGUUCAAUUACGAUUUGGACAAUUUGCAUUGAAAAAAUUUCGAACCCGUCGAUAAUAGUGGGGAAUCGCUCCACCUUGUGGGAACCAACAAUUUUGUUGUAACUAGCCAUUCUGUUGAAGUGCAGGAAUAAUUUGGUUAUUUAGUAGAUCUAAAUACUUGUCACCAGUCAAGUGUCCAUCUUGGGCAAUUAAAAGGACAAAAAGAAGAAUCUUGUGAACUUUUUUGGGUGUAAAUCAAGCUUUUAAAAAUUUCUUUGCAGUUUUUAAAUAAAACUUGAAUUAUAUACAGAUCUAAUCUCUAAUCAUUUUUUCGACUUACAUAAUUCGAAAGUUUAGGUACACAGAGUGCAGUAACUAAAUUUUUUAAUAUUAUUUCAACUAUUCGAUUCAUUAUUAGCGAGAUUUAGGAAUCACUGUUGAUUAGAUAUGUAGAUCUGUUGAUCUAUAAUUUGAUAUUUCUAAUGCAUCAUAUUUCUUCUAAAUACAACACAUUUUCAACAACCUGUAUAUUAGUUUAAGAUAACCAAAUCAUUUUUCAUCGCGAGUUUCGAUACAGAAAUUCAGGUAAGCUAGUGAUAUUAAGAAAUUAAUCUAUAUGUAUAUCAUCAUAUAAAUCAUUGUAUGUUAUACAUAAAAAAUUUCUGGAAAUACGUGUCGUUUCUAAAAUAAAAAUUAUUUUUGUGGUAAAGGAUUUUUGGAAAGCUACACUUUUUUAUUUAAACAAAAAGUAAAUAUUUUGGAAUAAUGUUUGAAGUUAUAGUAUGCUAAAAAAGUACGAACAAAUAAUUAUUGAUCUACUUAUCGUGUAAUCGAGUUUCCUUCUAUUUUGUCCAACACAAGUUACAUAUUAUUUUAGUAAUGUUUUCUAUUUUUUAAUAUUACAGUGUCAUUUUUAUAAUGGAGCUCUAGUUGUUCAUUGCUGGAUACAAGCUAAGAUACAGUCAUUACAAAUAUUUUCAAGUGGGCCCCAUCCAUUUAUUAACUUUUAUUUUUUGUUUUUUUUUUUUAGUUAUCUCUCAUGGUGUUCUUAGGCCAUUUUUUGGCCUAAGGUCUCUGGUCUUCGCCUUUUUUGGCUCCUGGUUUUUUUGGAAGUGCAACAAACUCAGACUUUAGCCAUUCUGUUGGUAUUUCUCCAGAGUUGUAUAUGUUGUUGAAUAUCUUUGUGAUUAUUGCUAUUGAUUCGUUGUCCAUCAGUUUGAGUAGUUCUGCUUUUAUAUUAUCGGGACCUGGUACUUUGCCAUCCUUUACUUUAUAAUAUUAUUUGAAUAUUUGUUAAACCAGAGGGCUCCAGUACAUUAUAUGAAUGAGAUUCUUCAUUUAUCAUUUCUGUUAACAUCUGCUAUGACAAAAGUGUUCAUUAUAUUUUCUUAGAAACCAAUGAAGAAAAUAAGGACAAUAUUUGCAAUGUUUUUUCAUAUAACCUUUUUCGGUUGAAUAUUUUGUUAAGUAUGCAUUCAUUAAAUAUUGUAUUUUAGAUUAUUCAGAUCAUACUGACACGUUUUUUGUAGUUGCAGCUUUCCAAAUAUUGAAAAAUUGUUAAAAUAAUGUGGCCAAAAUAUCAUAAAAUGAUAAAUUUUCUUUAAAUGUUUAUCUAAAUUCCAAAAGCGAUUUAUAAAUAUUUAAAAAAGUUGUUAUUAAAAUUCGCUGUGCAAUAGUUGUUUUUAUUUUCCAGUCAUUGUUUGUGUUUUUAAAAGUUUUUAAAUUUUGGAAAUGUAGAUAAAUUUUAUUGUCUUCAGGAUUUGGUGGAAUUAAUUUAGUACAGUCUAUCAAUAGUCCAGUCGUCAGAGGCAAAAAUCGCGCAACAUUUAUUUAUUUAACAGCUUUAUAGAAACUGACUUCAUUUGCAGCAAAAUUCAAAAAAUAUGUACGAAAUAUAUACCUUUAAUAUUAGACCAGGACGGAUGUGUUUUGAGGUGGAUGUGAGAGGUGGCAUUCGGAUUUUUGCAGAUAAAGUUAGAUGACACCUUCAGUAAUAAUAAUUGACUUAUGCUCCUUCUCAAGUAUGCCCGGAACAUUAAUAAAAAAAUUUAAAUAUUUAAAAAUUUCGAAAAAUAUCGAUUUUUUUCUACUUUCAUUGCAUAUAACUUUAAAACGAUUCAUUUUGGAACAAAGUCGUAGGGAAAGAAAAUAAAGAUAAUUGAAUUUUGUAUAAUAUACGACUGGUUUAAAAUGUCUUGAAUUAUUUCCCUUUCUGCAAAAUAGCAAUAAAUAGAAAAUAAGGGGACAAAAAAGACUGUUUUUAUUCAAUGUUUUUCAACCACUUUGGUUGCAUUUAGAACCUUCAUAAUUGACAGAAAAUUCUUACAGCAUACUUAAACCGUCCACCAAAUUUCAUUAAAAUCGACCUAAUAGAUUUUGCAUAAUAAUUUUGCAAUCUAAAUUUUUUUUAAAAAGUUCAAAUUUUUUAAAAACAUUCUGAACAAAAAGUAGACCAUUUAGAAGUUUGCUAAUUUUUUUUUACAUAUAAAGAGGUUCUCUACCUAUCUAAUACACUUUACAGAAUUAAAAUCGGAUUAAUUAUGCGGCCUCAGCACUGUUUUAAAGUUAUAAACAAUAUUUUGGCUUAUAAACAAAUACAGUGAGGACGUUUGAGUUGGAAUAAAUUCAUUUUCUUGAGAAUGGGAGACUGGAGAUAAAUCCCGAAACAGAUCGAUUUUUAUUUUUAAAUUAUAAUUUUUUGGCAUAAAUAUCAUACUAGUGACGUCAUCCAUCUGGGUGUGAUGACGUAAUCUAAAUAUUGGAACUAAUUUAAUUCAAAAAAAUAUUUUUAAUUCAAACCCUGUAUAAAUAGGUAUGUUAAUGUUUAUAUUAAUGAAUACAAAAUUGAAUAGCCUUUCGAUUGAGCUAUCACACGGCACCUAUUCUCAUUUAAAAAAAUCAUCGAUUACGUCAUCACGCCCAGAUGGAUGACGUCACUAGUAUAUAUACCAAAAAAUUAGAAUUUAAAAAUAAAAAUCGACCUGUUUCGGGAUUUAUCUCCAGAGACGCCUAUUCUCGAGAAAAUGAAUUUAUACCAACUUAAACGUUCUCACUGUAUUUGUUUAUAAGCCAAAAAAUUGUUUAUAACUUUAAAACAGUGCUGAGGCCGCUUAAAUAAUCUGAUUUUAAUUCUGUAAAGUGUAUUAGAUAGGUAGAGAACUUCUUUAUAUGUAAAAAAAUUAGCAAACUUCUAAAUGGUCUACUUUUUCUUCAGAAAGUGUUUAAAAAAUUUGAACUUUUUUAAAAAAAAUUAUGAUUGCAAAAUUAUUCUGCAAAAUCUAUCAGGUCGAUUUUAAUGAAAUUUGGUGAACGAUUUAGGUAUGUUGUAAGAAUUUUCUAAGCGAAUUAGGAAAGUUCUAAGUGCAACCAAAGUGGUUGAAAAACAUUGAAUAAAAACAGGCUUAUUUUGCCCCCUUAUUUUGUAUUUAUUGCUAUUUUGCAGAAAGGAUAAUAAUUUAAGACAUUUUUAACCAGUCGUUUAUCAUACAAAAUUCAAUUAUCUUUAUUUUAUUUCCCUACGACUUUGUUCCAAAAUGAAUCGUUUUAAAGUUAUAAGCAAAGAAAGUAGAAAAAAUCGAUGUUUUUCGAAAUUUUUAAAUACUUUAAUUUUUUUAUUAAUGUUCCGGGCAUAUUUGAGAAGGAGCAUAAGUGAAUUAUUAUUGUUGAAGUUGUUACCUAACUUUAUCUGCAAAAAUCCAAUGCCACCUCGCACAUCCAAAAAUAGACCUUUUUUCACAGAUCCGCCCUGGUCUAUAUGUAUUUUAAAGGUUUUUUAAAGGUAAAUAUUUUUAUCGAUAUAACACUCUGAUCAUAAGAUAUAUAAGAAUUUUUACCCUCGGGUUGAUACAAAUUUUAUUUAAAAAAUUGAUUUCGCGCGCAUAACUGACAUUCAAAAUUGCCAGUCGUUUCAAGCGUUGUUUCUGAGAGAACGUUUCGUUCUGCUUUUUUGGGGUCCCAUAAUUGACAUUCUCAGCAAAAUUCAGUAAGUUCGUCUCGUUAUUAGAGAUGAAAUAUCUGACGACUGGACCUAAAAUUAAGUAAACAAACAAGAGUUCGACCAAGGAACAAGAACAAAAUGAACAAAAAAAUUAAAAACAACAACAAUUUAGAAAAAAACAGCUGCAGACCAAAGGUGAGGUGCAUAAAUAAAGGAAAGAAAAAGGAAUAUAUUGUUAAAAUUUGUCAAAUAACCAAAUAAAUGUAAAGAUUUUAUAAAAUUACCGAUAUAAGAACUCCAAAGCAAGGCAAGGCAAGGCUAAAUAUAAUAAGUGAAUCUAAACUAGGCCAUCAAGAAAGAGGAAGAUGGCCUUCUGAAAUUUGAAAGAAAAAUAAUGAUAACGAUACUGGGCCACAAUGUAACAAGAGGAAGAAGAACAAAAACACAUUCCGAAAUUGAAGAAAAAUUAAUGGGAGAAAAUAUAGUAAGAUACAUGAAAUAUCUUCGCUUAGAAUUAAUAGGACAUGUACAGAGAAGCCCACAUUCAGAUAUGUUGAGAAGGAUAACUUUUUGGAAACUAUGGCCAAAGUGUAAAGGAAGGCCUAGAAGAAGAUGGCUGGCUGAUGUAGACGAUAUAAGAGCAAUGAAUAUUAAAAACUGAAAAAUUCAAUACAAGGACAGCAAGAAAUAGAAAAGAGUCACGACAACAGCAAAGACACACAGCAAGCUAUAAAUGACAUAGAGGAGUAGUCCACCUCACCCAAGAAUAGGAUUUUGAACACUAUGGCGUUAGCUUUAAUCCCUAGAGAUUGUAAUGCUUAAUAAAUUGAGGAGGUAUCAAUCAAAAUCAAUCAUGAGUUAGCAGCUGUUUCAUAAUAAAAAUGGUGGAUCCUAUUCUGUGAUGUUUUCGGUUUCGCUUAAAAAAAUAUGUCCUGUUUAAAAUGAAUACACAAUAUUAGGGUCCCAAAUCAAACGAGAUCAUGUCCAUAGCUAGUUUCAAUCAUAAAACCACAUGUUCAUUUAGCUAAUAGCAUUGCCCGGAUUUGGUCACGUGAUCAAAAUAUUAGUAAAAACCAUAGAAAAGUAAACAUAUUAUAGAAUGAUAUUCUAUUCCAUCUUACUGGAGAGCAACCAAAAUCAAACAUGUCCCAUAAGACUUCAAACAAAAAAGAUUAUGUCCACGAAUCCGGCACGAAAUCUAAUCAAAUAAGAACAUGUCCUUUUUUUAAAACGUAUUUACAGGUUUAUUUACACCUUCAGAUUUAAAAUAUUUACUAUAAUAAGUUAAUUUCACUAAAUAAAAUGAUAUAUGCUAAUUUUACCGAUUUUCAGUGUAAGGUUAUUUACUAAAACGUUUUUUGCGAUUUCCCUAAAACUUUUAAGGUGGACAAGAUUGGUUUUGAUUGACACCUCCUCAAUUAAUGUAAACUAGGUCAUAAAGUUACCAAAAAUUGAGAUAAACCAAAGUAUUCCUGACCGUAAACAAAAUUUUGUAUCAGAUAAUUUGAGUAACAUGAAUUAUUGCCAUACAAUUUAACCAAUGACGUCUUAAAAAUUUAAUUCUUUACUAUACUUUAUUUCACGUUAAGAACGGAACAUUGGGCUUAUGUAGAUCAGUGUUGCCAAAUCUCUCAGGCACGUUUUACUACUAAACUGUCGAUACCUGUACGAUUCAGUCUAAUUAGACGGCUUGGCAUCGGCGCGCUUCUAUCGUCCAUAAGAAAUACGUAGCCCUAUCUCCACACCGUUCCGUUCUUAACGUGAAACGGUCUAUCAAAAUAUUUUAUUGUACAAGGUGAUUCAGUGAAACGGUACGAUUUGACAACGUUGCUGACGAUAAAAUAGAGGAGACGCGGGCUUGCGACGUAAACGUUGUGAAUCUAGAGAGUGGGAAGUUUAGUUAUCAUGGAGACGUGGUCGGGUGAACAACGCGGAUUUGCUGUGAAAGCUUAUUACAAAAAUGGUGAACGUUUUGUGCGUAUACGAGUGUUUCGUUUACACUACCAUUUGCCGCCCCGCGCUGCAUUUCCGUCUAACAUGGCUAGGUUAGGAACUUUGAAAGUAGUGGUUCAACAUCACAAAAAAGAGGUGGCAGUGUCAGAACUGCUCGCACACCACAGAAUAUUGAACCGGUGCGGAAUUCAUUACACGCGAGUCCUCGAAGAUCCCUGCGACGGCUCGCGUGUAAUGGAUGUCGCAGCGCUUCAAUAUUAUGUGGUGUGCGAGCAGUUCUGACACUGCCACCUCUUUUUUGUGAUGUUGAACCACUACUUUCAAAGUUAUUACAAAAAAGGCUUAAUAGCCAUGUUAGACGGAACUGCAGUGCAGGGCGGAAAAUGGCAGUGUAAACGAAACGCUCGUUAUACACGCACAAAUCUUUCACCAUUUUUGAAAUAAGCUUUCACAGCAAAUGCGCGUUGUUCACAAGACCACGUCUCCAUGAUAACAUGAUGAUAACUAAACUUCCCACUUUCUAGAUUCACAACGUUUACGUCGCAAGCCCGCGGCUCCUGUAUUUUAUCGUCAGCAGCGUUGCCAUAUCGUACCGUUUCACUGAAUCACCUUGUAUUUGCUUAUUUCUCAAUAUUUUUAAAUUGUCCAUCCGUCUACCUUUGAAAAUUAUUCAUAUAUUUUUCAAGAUGAAAACAACUAUUAUUUGUGUUAGAAAUAUUGUUAAAUGUAAGAAAAUAAGAACUAUUUUAAAAGGUGAUCUCUCGUCGUUUGUUGUAUAAAAAAGUUUAUUUUAAAAUAAUUGUCUGUGACAAUUCCAAGAACAAGAAGCUGUUUAUUGAAGUUAAGUCAUUGUUGCAUGAGAUACAUACCUGUUAGUUUGCUAAAAAUGCUAAUAAAAUAUUUUACGUGA